AUGCCCAAUCCCGUCCAAGUUGCCACCAAGCGCAUUGAAACGCCAAAGCUUGGGGAAAAUGGCUACGCCGGCUUCCAACCAGGCAAAUCAGAAGUGCUCAAGAGUGGCUCCAAUCCCUUUGAUGCAAAGCCAUUAAAGAGCGAUAUCCAGAUUGACCAUGACGUUGAGAUUGUUGUCCGCGAUGGAGCGCGUCUCUACAUUGACGUUUACCGCCCUGCAGGUUCGACCGAAAAGGUCCCUGCAGUCCUCAGCUGGUCUUUUUACGGAAAGAAGUACAGUGCUCUGGAUAUGCUUCCCAUCUGUGUCUGGAACUGCUGCGUGCCAAGGAGUGACCUCAGCGGCCUGGAGAAAUUUGAAGGGCUGGAUCCCCAGUACUGGUGUCCCAAGGGGUACGCAAUCGUCAGCGUUGAUACUCGAGGCGCCGGGCACAGUGAUGGUCAAAUCUGCGUAAUGGGUUCUCAAGAUGCCGAAGAUGGCUACGAUGUCGUGGAAGCUGUUGCCAAGAUGGACUGGUGCAACGGCUGCAUCGGCAUGGCGGGCAACUCGGCUCUCGCCAUUGCUCAGUGGUUCAUCGCAGCGCAGCAACCUCCCUCGCUGAAAGCCAUUGCGCCCUGGGAAGGUAUGGCCGACAUGUAUCGCGAACAGUUCUGCCGUGGUGGAUGGUUCUCCAUGAGCAACUUUGACCUCAUUACCAAGGCCAUUGUGCGCGGUCAGCCCAACUCGGGACUCGAGGACUGGGCCGAGAUGUACCGGAGAUCGCCCACCCAGAACAACUACUGGAAAGACAAGAGAGUCGACAUGACCAAGAUCAAGUGCCCGGCAUACAUCAGAGGCUCCGACGUGAGCAGCAUACACACCAUGGGCUGCAUUCGGGGAUGGCUCGAAAUCCCACACGAGCAAAAGUGGAUUCAUUGGAGCAGCAAACAAGAGUGGUACGAACUCUACAGCGAGCCCGAGUCAAUGGACGAGCUUGCCGUCUUCUUUGACCGAUAUCUCAGGAAUGAGAAGAAUGGCUGGGAGGAAAAAACACCCAAAGUCCGAUGGUCAGCACUACAGUUUGGCAAUCGAGAGGCCAUUGACAAUAUUGUGCUCGAGGACUUUCCUGUGCCAAACACAGACUAUCGAGAAUUGUUUCUCGCACCCGGAAACCGAUUGACGAGUGACAAGUCGCCCUCGGUAGGAAGCGCCGUGUAUGAUUCGGAAGACUAUAAGAGUUUUGCGGAUUUUACCUAUACUUUUACCGAGCCGGCCAGACUUAUUGGACUGCCCAAGGCAAUUCUUUACGUCUCAUGUGACAGCCGGGAUGACUUUACCGUGUUCACCAUCCUACGCAAGAAGGACAAGGACGGAAAAGAUCUAAUGCACCUCAACUUCCCAUUCCACGCGACUCCAGUGAAAACGAUUGAGGAGAUUCCAGAAAAGGACCAGGCCAGUCUGAACCUCCAUCUGGGUUCCAUGGGUAUCCUGAGAGCCUCACAACGUGCCAUUGACGAGACAAAGAGCAUACACCCUCAAUUCCCCUUUCAUCCCCAUGAGAAGCAGGAAAAGAUCCAACCAGGUACCAUUGUGCGGCUAGAAAUUGGUAUCUGGGCCAUGGGCGUGGACUUUCAGGCUGGCGAAAGCAUAAGCAUUAGGAUUGGUGGACAGUUCCCAAGCAUCGCAGAGUACAAGAGCUUCUCAGAACCGCGACCCGAGCAUGAGCUCAACAGGGGCGCUCACACGGUGCAUUUCGGUGGAGAUUACCAAAGCUCGGUAAUCCUCCCAUUCACGCCAUUGAAGUGA